AUGAGACACAAAUUAGAUGAGCAAUUUGGGAGAUUCAUUGAUAUGCUAAAACAACUUCAUCUUUCUCUACCUUUUACCGAUGUGAUCAACCAAAUGCCAAAUUAUGCCAAAUUCCUCAAGGACAUUUUGAGUGGGAAAAGGACUUGUGAGGUUGUGGAAACUAUCAAUUUGACCGAAAAUUGUAGUGCUAUCAUCAUGAACAAAAUGCCACCCAAAUUGAAAAACCCCGGAAAUUUCUCCAUCCCUUGUGCCAUUAACAAGAUGCAAAUUGAUAAUGCCUUAUGUGACUUGGGAGCUAGUGUUAGCAUAAUGCCAUAUUCGGUUUAUCCAAGGCUUGAACUAGGGGAACUCUUACCUUCUAACAUUACCUUGCAAUUAGCCGAUAUGUCAAUCAAGUAA